UAUGUGGAGCUCCAGUAUCGAAUCAGUCUAGCAAGUGGAUUAACCCAGUAACAAUGAAAUUCCUCAGCGUUUUAGUGGCCCUGUGCCUCUUCCUGGCCCUCGCCAUAUCGCCAAUUAGCUGCGAUGACACGGAGAAGGUGGAGAAGCCAUUCUGUCCCUGUCCCCGGAACUACGAACCCGUUUGUGGAUCCAACCUGGUCACCUAUCCAAAUCGCUGCGAAUUCGACUGUGUACGCCGCAGUGUCGAACGCCAGGGACGCAGUAUGGGAGUUCUGAGGAGCGGAACCUGCUAAAAACACACACAAUCCCUUCGACAGAAGAACCAAAGCAAAAUCAAAGAAAAAUCCAGAAAUCAAAUCAUACAAGUGCCUUGUAUUAAUCAUCAAUGUGAAAAAAAAAGAAAUAAAUCAGCUUAUCAGCCAGAGUAUUUGGCAUUGCAUUUGAUAGCGCUUGAACACUUUAUCGCCAAUACGAAUCGUACGAAACGCGACACUGGGAAAAACUAGUACCCACUUCCGAGGGUUGCAGUGAUUUAUGAACCUACUACUUUCGAUCAAGUGGCCUUUGCUACCAAAGAUUACGAAGCGUGUCUUGCGCGAAUUUUAAACAAUAAUGAGUAACUUUUAAUAAACUUAUCUUUCACAUUAUAAAUUGGGAUUUAAAAAUGUAAUUACUUGUUCAUUUUUAAAUAAAGUGACACUGAUUUGAAUGCCAUA